UUCAUAUAUCCCUAAUCCGUCACAAACUUUUGGGUGACGAGAGGCCCUAAAAUCUUAUCAAAAUGAAAUAGCUUCGUCAAGGCCAUUCGAGAGCAAUGGCGGCCAAUAUAAACAGGGACGGAACGACGUCAUCAAGAAUAAGAGUUCCGGAUGGAACAAAAAUGUAGGUCAAAACCGAAGCGCCUCGUCGUGGUUUAGAGUGAAUUGACCGCUCCAUUUGAGCUGAGUUUAGUGAGACAAUCAAAUCAAUACCGACUGUAAUAUAUCAACGUCUAUUCUAAAACACUCAAAACAAAACAUCGAAAUGUGUUUUUUAGCUUCCAUAUUUUGCCCCACACCAAACGGCCAUGGCCUCCUCACCAUAUCCGCUGCCACCAAAACGAGACACGGCACAUUAUGCACUUAACAGGGAACAAUUAACCAAGGUUAAAUGAUAAAUAUAGCUAGAAUGAUCAAUUCAGCUAAUAUAUGGUUGGAAUAACAAAUUAAACUAUUAACGCUACAGUGAAAGAAUCAGUUCGAGAGUCAUUGACAGUUUCAUUGAUAAUGACAACUAGCAGCAUGUCAUCCUAAAUUGCAAACCAAACAUUACUUGUAAACAAUCUCGUUCCCAUUAGGUGUGCAAUGUGGAAAUUGUUUGUGUAUCUCACAUAUGUCUAGCGCUUUUAGAGUACUGGGUUCAGGUAGGCGCCCACAUCCAUUUGGUUUCGUGGGAAUUUGCACUUAAACUCGAUACAACGGAAGCAGUCCUAAUUUAUAGGCAGCAGUCCUAAUUAAAAACUUGUCCAAAGUACUUCUGGUCAUUAGUUGGCGGUGAGUGGAAGAGAUUUUGUUGGAGUUCAAGCGAAUUCACGCGUGGUUUUUUUGUCAUCAGGUCCCAAAACCUUUUCUUACUAUCAGAGUUCAUCAUAGAUACAUACCAUCCGGUGUUUGAACAUAAUGAGAGCGACUUCGCAGUAGAGGCGGCUAAGUACGUUGGCAUAAUGGUCAAAGACAGGAUAGUGAAGACUAGAAGGGGUGCACGGGACGCCUGGGACGGUCCGCCUGAUUAUAACGAAUCGUGCGGCAGAACCAUCGGGGAGGCUCCAUCGUGGAAGACCGCCGUGUCUGCCGUGACCGCGGUGAACGCCUUUAAGGACCCGUUCCCCGUGGAAAAGGUGGAGAAGGCUCUAACUGACCCGCUUCAAUACGAAGCCAAGGGUCCCACUUUCUCUCAACAAUUCUGCUCACGGGUCGAGAUGGCUGGUCUCCGUAAGGUAUCUGAUCCUGAAUACGGCAUACUUCGUCGUCUGCUCUGGCUCAUUUUUAUCUUAGGAUGCCUUGGAUUCGGAAUAUUCCAGUGUACCAUCCAGAUCACGCAGUUCUUCAACAGGCCAAUCAGGGUCAAGGUAAACAUAACACGUGUCAAGGAGAUGGAGUUCCCGACCUUGACCUUCUGCAAUUUCAACUUCUGGAAGGAAGGGCCAUCAACACGUGAUGGAAUAACUGAAUUAGUUUGGAUGAUUGUUUAUCAGGUUAAAGGUGCCGACUUGACGCCUUACGAGCCCUUCAAUAACUUCAACUGGACGAGAGAGCAUCUAAAUUUUGGUCACCAGAAGAAAGACUCCAUUGUAUUGUGUUCCUUUCAACACAAGACAUGCACGGAAGCAAACUUCAGGCACCUCACCACCGACAUGGGCUGGUGUUUCCAGUUUAACUACGAGAAUCCGUUGCUGAAAGUUGAGAAUGCGGGCACCGACUUCGCUCUCCAACUUCAUCUGUAUGUCGAGACGGAAGAAUACGUGGCGAGUGCCAAUGGUCCUGGAAUGGGCUUCAAGGUGUUGCCUCAUGAUCUGUACGACAUCCCCCUGAUGAGACCCUCAGGAAUAGCGGUCAGUCCUGGCAUGAUGACAUUCAUUGGACUCAAGAAGAAGAAGGUCGAAAAGCUUGCGGCACCCCACGGAACUUGCGGAUCCAAGCAAUUGAAGUACUUCGCCAACUACUCUACGUCUGCUUGUUUCGUUGAGUGCAACACCGACUACCUGGCCGAAUAUUGUGGAUGCAAAUUGGACUACCAGCCUGGAAACUUCUCGUUCUGCAGUCCCAAGGACAUGUACGACUGUGCCUUCGACCGGGGCAAGCUGUUUGUCACCGAUCCAAACCAGACCUGUACGGACGCGUGCCCAGACGAGUGUAAGUCGACCACCUACGAAACCGACUGGUCGGCCAUAGAGAUCAAGCCGGACUACUACGAAGGGGUUUUCGAGUCGAACAACUUGUCCAACACGUACAACAAGGAUGUCACUCCAGAAAAGCUGGCCAAGAACCUUGCCGUCGUCUAUAUCUUCUACCGCGAUAUGAACGUGGAGGAGACGGUCCAGCAUGCUGCUUACUCCUCUUUCGAUAUGUUCUGCGAUGUGGGGGGUACAUUCGGCCUCGUUCUCGGCGCCAGUGUACUCACUUUCAUCGACAUCAUCGACUUCCUCGUCUACUAUUUCGUCACUCGGAAAAUGACGCAGAAGGUUGCAGCAAAUUAAGGAGGACAACUCCUACUAAGAAAAUUCGAUGUCAAAUAGGGCAGAAAAUUAAGGGAAUCCCGGCACUAACUAGAAUUGCCAUCUGUUGGGAAAGCCUAUACUAGUAUUUUCAGCGUGCUACAUGUGAACAAUGUACACGAACUUCGCAAUGACUUUGAAUCACGUAGAGAUUAGAUUUCACAUCACCUAGAAAACCAACAUUAUUACCACAAAUUUGUAUAUCUUCAUUGACGACUUCUGCGCAACCCCGGAACUAGAUUGAGUGAUGACGUCAUUCCAUGAGUGCCAACACAAGCUACCAUUUUGUUUACCAACUCACAGGCGCGUGAAAAUAUCAAAAUCAUCCCGCCGUUCCAGAAUAAAUAGAAACAGACAAUUCACAUAACAGUACUAGCGUUGUGUGUGAUUUGAUUGGGGGUUGGUCGAUCGCUUACGGUAUUUUCUGUGAUGACAUGCUGUAAUGGCAGUGUGUAUUGGCAGAGAGAAUGUCCUACGCUCUGCGCAGAGAACACCUUCUUAUAUAACCCAUUUCUCUCAUAAGAAACCUCAUCAAUGUAGUGAGUAUUUAUCUUAGCCCUGCACUGGGUUGAUGAUUACACUUCUGUAUGAUAACUAUAAAUGUGCGAAGAUGCUG